ACGCUGGUCGACAGCCAAACCGUUGCUCACUUCGCUUCAACAAUUUUAUGUAUGAAACCUAAGUAGUAUCUAUACAAUUGUGUUGUUUGGUAACCUCCCAUUAACAAUACUUGUUACGACUCCGCGACGCAAAGGUCACUAUUAGUCGAAUACGCCACAGGCUAUGGUCGGCGUCGCUACACUAUUGACGUUUUUUUUACUUUCUUCACAUUGUUACAGUAAUCUUUGUGUUAGCUACAGCUACGGAUCGAAAGUCACAAAAUACGCGAUGACAGCUCGCACGAACGUUCGUGAGCUUUUCCGUCUCAUUGUUGUUGUGCAUAGUAUGCAGUUGUAGCAACAUAUUUUUUAGUAAUUCACUCGUACUGUUUAUUACGACUAACGCUGCUUUACGCUUUUGAGUUUAACUGUGCUCUAUUGAGUUUGAAAGUGCAACGCAGUGGAAAUAAUACGUGGAACAGUUUGUUGGUGAUUUAAAGUUGAACUCAAUCAAAUCGUCUGAGGAAAGGAAGCGAUAAGGCGGCACCACGUUUCGCCAUAGUAAAUUACGUUAUUCAAACCAUUUUCCGACUAGAGGUUCACCAUCUACUGUACGCGGGCAAUCUGUAAAAGCAUCGUCAUUGAGUCGAAUAGAAGCAUCGCCGAUACUGUCAGGAGCGGGAUCCGAAUGCGGCCGCGGCGGGGGCGGCGUCGCUGCCGCCGGCGGCGUCCGCCCCGGGUACGGCUACGAGGCCCUCUCGGCCGCGAGCGACGGCAGCGAGGGCGAGCCGGAGGACGCGCCCGAGUAUACCGCUUUCGAGAUGGAGCUGUCAGGCGGUGGCGAGUCCGCCGAGGGGCCCUCGUCGCGGGGCUCGGCUAAGGUCAACUUCCCCCCCGACGUGGAACUAGAGAGACGUCCCACCGCAACCGCCGCCACCGCCACGUACCACCGCGGCCGAGGACGGUCGAUGAGCGCCUGGAGUGAUAUCAGCCGAUCCAGCAUACGCUUUGAAGAAAGAGUGCGUGUGGAGUACUACGUAAACGAAAAUACUUUUAAGGAAAGACUGCAACUAUAUUUCAUAAAAAAUCAACGAUCGAGUUUACGUAUUAGAAUAGCGAACUUGUUUUUCAAACUUCUGGCGUGCGUUUUGUAUAUUUGCCGCGUCGUCGCCGACGGAGAUCCUAUUACUGCUUCAUGUUACGGAUGUAAGGUUGGAAAUAAGACUGAAUUUGAAUAUUCCGCUAACUUAACGGAGGAGGAGUUUCAAGAACACCCGAUUAUCAACUGGGACGGCAUAAUAUGGGUCAACAGACCUCUCUACCUAUGGGGAGUGCAAGUCAUACUAGCUAUGAUCUCGUUCACGGAAGCUAUCCUUAUAGCUUAUUUAGGAUAUAAGGGAAACAUCAGGCAACAAGUUCUAUCAUUCCAUUUCAUUUUAGAAAUGGUAAACACCAUACCCUUUGCUUUAACUUUGCCGUUUCCACCGCUCCGGAACUUAUUUAUACCCGUGUUUCUAAAUUGCUGGCUAGCGAAGCGGUCUCUCGAAAAUAUGUUUAAUGACCUUCAUCGAGCGAUGCAAAAAUCUCAAUCAGCCCUUUCACAACAACUAAUGAUCCUUUGUGUAACACUGUUGUGCCUCGUCUUUACAAGCGUAUGUGGCAUCCAGCACUUUCAGAGGGCGGGGCACCGGCACCUGAACCUUUUCCAAGCUACCUACUUCGUGGUGGUAACGUUCUCCACGGUAGGGUACGGGGACUUCGUGCCGGACAUCUGGCCGUCGCAGCUGUACAUGGUGAUAAUGAUUGGCGUCGCGCUCGUCGUGUUGCCCACGCAGUUCGAGCAACUCGCGUUCACUUGGAUGGAGAGGCAGAAACUAGGUGGCUCUUACUCGUCCCAUCGUGCCCAGUCCGAGAAACACGUUGUAGUGUGUUCAACAACACUUCACGCGGACACUAUCAUGGAUUUCCUUAAUGAAUUCUAUGCCCAUCCCUUGCUUCAAGAUUACUACGUGGUGUUAUUAUCGCCGAUGGAACUGGAUACAACAAUGAGAAUGAUCUUGCAGGUGCCAAUUUGGGCUCAACGUGUCAUUUACAUACAAGGUUCGUGCCUAAAAGACACGGAUCUAAUACGAGCACGAAUGAACGAAGCCGAGGCAUGUUUCGUGCUAGCGGCCAGGAAUUACGCCGACAAAACGGCCGCCGACGAACACACUAUACUAAGGUCAUGGGCGGUUAAAGAUUUUGCACCGGACGUUCCUCAGUACGUGCAAAUAUUUAGACCGGAGAACAAAUUACAUGUUAAGUUCGCCGAAUUCGUAGUGUGCGAAGACGAAUUUAAGUAUGCGCUGCUGGCGAACAACUGCACGUGUCCGGGAGCGUCGACACUCGUCACGUUGCUGCUGCACACCAGCAGAGGACAGGAAGGACAGCAGUCCCCAGAGGAAUGGCAUCGACUGUACGGGAAGUGUUCCGGAAAUGAGAUAUAUCACAUCGUCCUGGGAGACAGUCGAUUUUUUGGAGAAUACGAAGGAAAAAGUUUUACAUACGCAAGUUUUCAUUCUCACAGAAAGUACGGUGUGGCCUUAGUGGGGGUACGUCCGGCGGAAUUACCCGAAUUUUAUGAGGAAACGAUACUUUUGAACCCCGGUCCUCGUCAUAUCAUGAAAAGUAGCGACACCUGUUAUUAUAUGAGUAUCACGAAAGAAGAAAAUUCUGCAUUUGUUAUAUCAGAGAAACAGAUCGAAAACAAACGUACUAUACCUAAAGAUCAAACCGCAUGUAGUCUGCUAUCGAACGACAAGAAGCCCGGCGAUCCUGAGGAGGGCUGUGGCCAGCAGAAAAGCACUGACGGUAGUAACGUCGCUCAAUACGAACUCCCACAAGUGAUUCUCCAAGCUCCCGCGAGUACCACACCAAACGCAUCGCCAUCACGCAUCAACCAAGCUAAUACUGUAUCAUCCGCUAAGUUUACUGUCGCUGGCUCUAAAUAUGGGGAAGGCACCUCUGCAUCUGACUCCAGGACGUGCCUGAAAGACUCGCCUGGUACUGAUAGUGCCACUGACAGCCACCUACUAUUGCCAAAACCAGAUAACACAAAUUUCCUCAGCCCGGAUGCCCUGAAUUACCGAAGAGGGAGUCGUCGGCCGUCUAUACUGCCGGUGCCCGACAUGGUGACGAGCAGCCUGAACAUCCCCAGCGACGCGGCGGACGAGGAGGCCGCCGACGAUAGCGAGGAUGAGCUGGAGGACGACGUGCCGUGGCGUUCGCCCUCCGAGAAGAUCGCGAUCGUAAAAGGGUUUCCCCCUGUGUCGCCAUUUAUCGGCGUGAGCCCGACACUGUGCUACCUGCUCAAGGAAAAGAAGCCGUUGUGCUGUCUCCAGCUGGCGCAGGUGUGCGAGCACUGCGCCUACAGAAACGCCAAGGAAUACCAGUGGCAAAACAAAACAAUCAUCCUCGCCGCGGACUACGCAUCCAACGGGAUCUACAACUUUAUCAUACCAUUGAGAGCACAUUUCAGAUCGAAAACGUCAUUAAAUCCAAUUAUACUAUUGCUGGAAAGAAGACCGGAUAUUGCAUUUUUAGAUGCUUUAUCGUAUUUUCCAUUGGUUUACUGGAUGCUUGGAUCCAUCGACUGCUUAGACGACUUGCUCAGAGCAGGAAUAACGUUGGCGGAAAACGUAGUAGUAGUAAACAAGGAACUGUCCAACUCCGCAGAAGAAGACAGCCUGGCAGACUGCAAUACUAUAGUGGCGGUGCAGACAAUGUUCAAGUUUUUCCCUUCCAUCAAAUCGAUAACGGAAUUAUCACAGUCAUCCAAUAUGCGCUUCAUGCAAUUCAGGGCACAUGACAAGUACGCCUUGCAUCUGUCGAAAAUGGAAAAGCUGGAGAAGGAACGCGGGUCGCACAUCUCGUACAUGUUCCGGCUGCCGUUCGCCGCAGGCUCGGUGUUCUCGGCUUCCAUGCUGGACACUUUGCUCUACCAGGCGUUUGUCAAAGACUACGUCAUUACUUUCGUCCGCCUUUUGCUGGGCGUGGACCAAGCUCCCGGAUCUGGAUUUUUAACUUCUAUGAAAAUAACGAAAGAAGAUAUGUGGAUUCGUACGUAUGGUCGACUAUACCAAAAAUUGUGUUCGACUUCGUGUGAAAUCCCAAUCGGGAUCUAUCGCACGCAGGACACGAGCUUAUCCGAUCCCUCUCACCACGUGAGUAUGACGCCACGGACUCCGUCAAACUGGUUUUGGUCUCACCUGGCGAGAAUGCGACCAUCGCGUCCAUCGUAUUCUACAAGUCUCGCCGACGAAGCAAGAGACAAUCAUGCGCAACAAAUAGAAAGAGCAGAAAUCGCAAACCUAGUGCGCUCGCGCAUGGAAUCGUUGAACCUUACUGGAAUCGACUACGACGAUGUAAGCGAGAAGAGGAACAGUUUGUCCUACGUUAUUAUCAACCCAAGUUGCGAUCUUAAUAUACAAGAAGGAGAUAUCAUAUAUUUGGUGCGUCCGUCCCCUUUUUCAGCCCAAAAAACGUUUGAGAGACAUAAUAGCCGACGAAAAUCGAAUAUUAGUUUCUGUUCUCAAGCUUUAAUUCAAGCGCAGACCGUUGCCAGCAGAAGAGGAUCUGGUAUUGGUGCCACGUUCACCCAGCCGAGGGCUCCACCGCUCUGCACAACAAAAGCCAAUUCGUUGUCUUUACCGGAUAGUCCAACAAUCAUAACGGAUUUUAGAGGACGGUCCAAUUCACUUCGAGUAGUAGAUGACAUACUUCUGCGAAGAUCUAAUUCGUUAAGACAAAGUCUCAGUGGCGUCAGCUCUCGUCGAAGAAAGAGUAGUCUCGAAGAAAUAGGCAUAUCACAUUUUAAUUCCUUAUUGCAACAUCAGCAACAACAGCAACAGCAAAACGCUAAUGCGAUCAAAAUCGCUUUGAAUGGUAGCAUAGGGCUAGAGGUUACGCCGCCGGAGGAGACUCCUGCCGAAAGGUUUCCGGGGACGAGCAUGGCACUCGGCGGAUACCAGGAGGCCGCCGCUGCUCUCCCCUCCACGUCGAUGGGCCCGAGCGUCCCGUCGCCGUCGCCAGACACUCAACACUUGCAAGGAACUAUUGUAUGAUACCACCUUAUGUGGGGACGACGACUAAGCUCCGUUAUAAGAAACAAAUGGACGUAGAGUGACUACUUUCAAUAUUCAGUCAUACUUCUUACUUAACUCGAGGUGUCACUGAAUCCAUGACUAUACGGAGCCUUUUUACAGUAGCGUCUCUACUUAUGUAUAUGUAGCAAGUUAGUUUUGAGAAAAUGAAUAAGAGAAGAUUUAAUAAUUAAUUUAUAACUAGGAGUGGUGUAGCUAACUGCUAAAGAAGCUGUGUAAUUUAAGCGGGAUCAAUUAGAUACUACUGUAAGCGGGAUAAUUAUACAGCAUAGUAUUGUAAUGUACAUAGCAGAGCUUUUUCGGUCGUAAUAAACCAUGAGUAGGUAUGUAAAUAGAGACUAUAAAACGCAAAUAAAUAAUUAUUAGUUUUCGAAUUAACGUAACGGAAUUAUUAUUUAUUAUUGUUAUGUGUAAAUAUGGACAGAUAAAUAUAUACUGAAGAAGUACCUUUUAUUUACUAGAUUUUACUGACCAAAAGAAAAUGACUAAUUUUAUCAUUAUAAUUACAUAGUAUAUUGAAUCUGUCAUAGACCUAUAU